UGCGGUUUCAAAAAAAAAAGUACAACUAGCAUUUAGUGCGGAAAAAUCGUGGCUCCGAGCCAAAAGUUUUCGAAAGCCUUGGUUUUGGUGUGACGAUAGUUCUUGGCUUCAAUUAACUUCUUUGCCAUGAAGCAUUUCGAUCGAUGGCUGAAUGUAGCCGUCAAUACGCUGGAACAACUGAGUAUUCAAGCUCAACGACCCAACUCUUGCACCUCGUCUUAUCCAGCCCAGCAACCAUCGUCAGCACCUACGGUGCCUGAACAGCAUGAGCCGAUGCCUUACUAUCCCAAUGCCUCCUAUUCUCGGUUAGUAUAUCCUAGCAAUGGACAAUUAGUGUAUACUCCCUACAAUGAAUGGGGCGAUCGGAUUCUUGACUUUUCUGGAGCCGGCUACAAUGAAGGUUACACCGGUUUACCGUCAGUUCCUAUUGUUGCGUACCUGGACCCUACCGCCCCAGAUAAUGAUGAAACCGAUCGUAUACAGCAAGCUAUCAAUAACGUAUCUCGACGUCCAUUGCAAGCCGAUGGAUUUAGAGGCGCACUUCAGCUCAAUCGAGGAACCUGGACCAUCUCUCGAGCGCUAGAAAUUCAUGCGUCCGGCGUAGUACUGCAAGGCGAUCCUGCGGGUGGCACCGUCCUGGUGGCAGCGCAUACCAUGGGUCGCGGAGCUCAAUUCAUCCGCGUGGCGGGUGAAGCGAAUGUCAUGGCAAAAAAGCGGUUGCCUAUUCGAAACAAAUCGAUUCCCGUCGCUGGUCGACACGUCGAAGUGGAUGCCUCUGCCGCCAAACAUUUACGCGUAGGUCAAGCCGUGGUGGUUGCCGUAAAUUUCAAUGACGCAUGGAUCAAAGCUAUCGGCAUGGACGUCAUUCAUCCAAAGGGCAACCUCAACAAAAAUAAUGGCUGGAAACCCGGCAAGUUUGAACAUCUACGACGCAUUGUAGCGAUACAGAACACAACCAUCGUCCUCAACGAGCCCUUGACGACUCGACUUGCAGCAGAUUACGGAGGCGGUCACAUUGAAGCUUACGAGAAUAAAAGAGUGCAACGGGUCGGCAUUCAAUUCCUUGAGUGUAUCUGUCCUGCUAAUCAGAACCGGGGACCGGAUGAAAUUAUGCAAGAAGAAAAAGGAAAAGUUAAGGAUUAUCGGUUUGCUGCGGAAUUGUUUGAUCAUUUAUUGAUCAGCAUGGACCACGCUGAAAAUUGCUGGGUGCAACAAGUACGAUCCGUUUGGUGGCGCAAUUUCAUCCGUCUCGGCACCAACACGGUUGCCAUCACGCUAAAGCGGUGUCAACAUACGUUCCCACAACACGACAUACCGCAGAAUAAGAUUAAGCUGCCUUUAGCUGGACAAUUCGCAUUUGAGAUUUCGGGACAACUGGUGUUGAUUGAAGAAUGCCAUGCUGAAUAUAGUUUCCACGCUUAUUCGUACAAAGGACGCGUCCCUGGACCUAAUGUCGUCUAUCAAAGCACCUGCAUAGCAAAAAAUGGAGAUGUAGGACCGCAUAUGAAAUGGUCGUCAGGGCAGCUGUAUGACAGUUGCAAUAUCGAAGGACAAAUGAUCAUUCAAGAUCGCUUCGAUGCCGGUUCCGGUCACGGAUGGUCGGGUGCGAAUUCGGUGGUAUGGAACACCGUCGCCCACGCUGGCAUGGUCGUACAAAACCCGCCUUUGGCACAAAAUUUCUUAAUUGGCAGCUCCUCGAAACGAGGGAAAAUACGGAUGCCGGAGCAUGAAUGGGCCUUUACCGAAUCUCCCGAUCAGAAAGUCAACCCACCAAGCCUGUAUAUGGCUCAAAAACAAAUUAGGAUGGAAAAAAGUUGUCAAACCCGGAUUCAACAACAUGAAAAAAGGGAAACCAUCCUUGAAGUUGGUUUACAGCUGCUACGCUUGAUUAUUAUUGGUUAUUCAUAAGAAAAAAGUUGGAUGGGGGGACAUGAAAACAUUGAUGCGGGAAGAGCUCUUUUUGAAAAAAAAAAAAAAAAAGAUGGUUGGUGAUAUGGUGAUCUGAAAUCUCCAUAACAUUUUGUAAUUUAGUUUAGCUGAUUAUUGCCUUUUUCCCUUUUUUUUUGUGAUUAAAUGAUUCAUGAGCAGCAGAUGUUGUUGCGAUUUUCUG